CCGCCUGUUCAUCGCACGUGGUGGUGCUUCGCUUCCCGCCAUUGACUGUUGACACAGCAUCAGGUGAGCUGCUGUGACCCAUUCAUUGUGAGGUUAAUCAUUGGAGCCAACAUGGAGAUCAACACUCACUACUUUGAGAGUUUGAGUUUGAAGGAGGUGAAGGAACUGCUUCCUCCUAACCACAGCAUCAAGCAAGUUGAUACACAAGGACUGCAAGAGGCUGGUUGCUAUUUUGUGGCUAUCCUAAACUUUUAUGCUGGCAAAAGGAGGAGAAAAAACAUUUCCAUAGUACGACUCGUCCUUUUACCAGUGCUAGAGGAUGGCAGCCAAGAUGCCAAGAAGGUUGAAUGUUUCCUAUGUGAUCGAUAUUGCAAUGAAUUGGAAAAUGAGAUGACAACAAUGCUUGGAAGUCAAGGCACCUGGUCUGCAGACAUGGCAGGGGAUGAUGUGGUGUGGGUGGUGCUGCAUCGUCCCUUUAUAGUCCCCUCAUACAGGAAAACAAGUAAUGAUUUUAAUCAAUUAUGCAUCAUUGCAAGUGACAAAAAGAGUCCUUACUGCCAAAUGUGGCUAUUAUUUACAAUACCUUGUGUAAAAGUUCCCCCCUCCCUUUCACAUAUAAAUUUAAUGAGGUCAAACCCUGCAGUCUCAGCCAAGCUGUCUGUCCAGGCUCAAGCCAAGUACCCAAUCAAAGGUCAGGCCUGUGUGCCACCAUAUGUACCAGCUAACUCUAAACAUAAAAUCAAGCCACUCUCCCAAGCAGUUCCCCGUCAGAAGAUAUCAACUGCAGGUGCUGUGAUAAGUGUGGUGAAAAUGGGAUAUGUAGCAAAGAACAGUGUCAUCUAUGACAUCAUCAAGGUGGCAGAUGGAGUCACUGGCCCCACAUCCAACCCAACCAUUAUAUUCAUAAAAAUAUUCCACAAUAACAGCAUAGACUGGCCAAAAGGUGGAAUUCCAAGGAGAGGCCAUGUAAUAGUGCUGUUGGACAUGUUGUGCCAGAAUUACGAAGGCAGGAAAGAGGGAGUCAUCAGCACAGAGAAAGUCUGUGUUUUCAAAUAUAAAGAAGAGCAUCUCACCUGCUACUCAAAUUCACCAGGAUGCCCACACAACAUAGAGAACGCUGAGGAAGUAGCAGUCAGGCUGUUUGACUGGUUUAGACAACAUGGCUUCUUACUCUCCUCUUUCACUGAAGCUGACCUACCUACUCGCAAAAUUGUGGAUCUUAGUGGAAGUGGACUCUUUAUCAUCAACUGCCAGGUGGUGAAGAAGAACAUAUACCCAGCUCUGGUAUCCCCAAUGGUUGUUUUGAGGGUGCGUGAUGGCACUCGCUCACCAUACAAGUUUGAAAAGGCAAGUGUUGUUCUGUCCCGAGGAGGCCCUUGUAGCAUCUUAGUCACUAUCAGGUUGCAUGAAGGAACACAUUCAUUUGUGGAGGAUGAGAAGCAAGAGACUCCCUGAGGUAGACCACUUCAGAGGAGAAAGGGACACAAGUAGCAGACAAUAGGAAGUGAAAGUUCAGAAUUACAGGUUAGUGGAGUGGAGUGGAGUGGUUACUAUCAUCUUUUACUGCUGUAAGAGUGCAUUUUUUGUAUCAGCAACAUUAUCUGCAUUAUUCAUCUUGGAUUGUGGAUAUGAAGACUGCUACUUGGUCCCGUGAAUGAUAUUCAAAAUUGGAUAUUUAGUCAGUGGAACAUUUUAUAAGUAUUUGCAUGACACAGUAUUGCAGUUUCUGUGAGUAGUAUGGAAUGUAAAUGUGACAUAUAGUAUUCCCUCACAUUUUCCAAUCAGAGGCCAUGAAUGUUAACCACCUUAUUUUCCAGAUUAUAAGACAACUUUGUGUAUGAUGACCCCGAAUUUUUGAGGGAAAAAUUUAGGUUUUGAGCUAUUACCCCCUUAUUGUGGUGGGAGCUGCUGCUCACAUGGUUGGCUGAAGGGCCCUGGCGAGCCAUAAUAUAGCCACUCCCUCACUACCGCUGUUGCCAGUUUCAAAAUACAGCAAUCUCAAACUAGUCAUUCUAGGUGUGGGGUGUGGGCUUCACACCCCCCCACACUAUUGCCACUUUUCCAUAGAUCACAAGGUUGCCUUCAUUCUCCAACCCCACUUCAUCUCCUCUAUUCUCUGUUUGUCUUUUUCUCUCCCUCAGUUUCUAUAUAAAUUGUUGUACUUAUGAGAUUAUUUCCAAAAUAAUUUCAACUUUUGUUCCACAUCAACCUUGAAGUAAAAAAUCAAGGUAUGUUUUAUGUACAAAGGUCAUCCCCCAUUCUAACUGUGGCACAUGAGCAGGGGAGUGCAACCUUGCCAAUACCUCUACUUGACCUAUACAGAAAACUUGUCCUGAUUUUUACCUCAGUGGUGAUGUGGAACAAAAGUAUGAUGGAGAAUGCUAUAUUGGAAAGACAGGCUCCCCCCUUUUCAUGCUGAUUUGAUUUUAUGGUGUGAUGAGCUGUGAUGGAUAUGACUGGCUACCUCAACAUAAACAGUAUUUUAUUGACAUCAUGGUUUCUGUUAGCCUAAUCAGCAACUGAUGAUUAUGAUUAUGGCGUGGCUGGGUGCAUCGACAUGUGACGCUGUCAGUAAACAUUCAUCAGCUAUAUAGAAAAAGCCCUCUCUGUCAUGCAGCCAAUAAAUUGUGUAUUU